ACACAUAGCAUAGGACCCUGGAUGGCCCCAAAAGACCUCUGAACAAGGCUGAACCUGCAGGGAGCUGAAGUGUCAUUGCAGUUUACCUGUGUGGUUUCCCACACCGAGGACUCUGCCUGACUUUGGGGGCACUGAAUGACCGCUAGAAAGAACACAGACUUUGUAGAAAGACUACGUGUGGGUUUGAGUUCUGGCUCUUACCAGUAUGACCUUGGGCAAGGCACUAGAGCUCUCUGAGUCCGGUUCCCAGAAGUAAAAUGGGGUGAGAGACUAGGCUGCCUCCUUCCUGGUGCAGUGCCAAGACCAAGUGUGUGAAGAUCUCCGUAAACUAAUUCACUGCACAUGGUGCCCACGUGCUGCAGCCACCUUCGCUGUGCUUAGACCCCCCGUAGCACCCACAGGAUUGCCCGUCCUCCAGCGUCUCAGUGCGAAGGUGUGAACUCAGUGUGCUUCAGAGCAUCCCCACCAUGACCUCCAAAAAGCUGGUGAACACGGUGGCAGGCUGUGCCGAUGAAGCCUUGGCUGGUCUGGUGGCCUGCAACCCCAGCCUGCAGCUCCUGCACGGCCACCGCGUGGCCCUCCGUUCCGACCUGGACAGCCUCAAGGGCCGGGUGGCACUGCUGUCGGGUGGGGGCUCUGGCCAUGAGCCUGCCCAUGCCGGUUUCAUAGGGAAGGGGAUGCUGACGGGGGUCAUCGCAGGAGCCGUGUUCACCUCCCCGGCGGUGGGCAGCAUCCUGGCAGCCAUCAGGGCAGUGGCCCAGGCGGGCACAGUGGGGACCCUCCUCAUCGUGAAGAACUACACUGGGGAUCGCCUCAACUUUGGCCUGGCCCGGGAGCAGGCCCGGGCUGAGGGCAUCCCUGUGGAGAUGGUGGUCAUUGGGGACGACAGUGCUUUCACCGUCCUGAAGAAGGCGGGCAGGAGGGGACUCUGUGGCACAGUGCUCAUACACAAGGUGGCAGGUGCCCUGGCUGAGGCAGGUGUGGGGCUGGAGGAAAUCACAAAUCGGGUGAGCGCGGUUGCCAAGGCCAUGGGGACCCUGGGAGUGAGCUUGUCCUCCUGCAGCAUCCCUGGCUCCAGACCCACCUUUGAGCUCUCGCCGGAUGAGGUAGAGCUGGGCCUGGGGAUCCACGGGGAAGCUGGCGUGCGCCGGAUAAAGAUGGCAAGCGCCAACGAGAUUGUGACGCUCAUGCUGGACCACAUGACGGACUCCGCCAACGUGUCCCGGGUGCCUGUGCAGUCCGGCUCCUCAGUGGUGCUGAUGGUCAACAACCUUGGUGGCUUGUCAUUCCUGGAACUGGGCAUCAUAGCCGAUGCUGCUGUCCGCACUCUGGAGGGCCGCGGGGUGAAGAUCGCCCGUGCCCUGGUGGGCACCUUCAUGUCAGCCCUGGAGAUGCCCGGCAUCUCUCUCACUCUUCUGCUGGUGGAUGAGCCUCUCCUGAAACUGAUCGAUGCUGAAACCACCGCGUCAGCCUGGCCUAACGUGGCCAAGGUCUCUGUGACUGGGCGGAAGCGGAGCCGGGCCGCCCCUGCUGAGCCUCUGGAGGCCCCUGUUUCCCCUGUUGCAGGAGGUUUGACCUCGAAGCGGGUGAUGCUCGUGCUGGAACGGGUGUGCACCACCCUUCUGGGCCUGGAGGAGCAUCUGAAUGCUCUGGACCGUGCUUCCGGUGACGGGGACUGUGGCACCACCCACAGCCGCGCUGCCAGAGCCAUCCAGGGGUGGCUGAAGGAGGGCCCACCCCCUGCCAGCCCUGCCCGGCUACUCUCCAAACUGUCCCUCUUGCUCCUGGAGAAAAUGGGAGGCUCAUCUGGGGCGCUUUACGGCCUGUUCCUGACUGCAGCGGCCCAGCCACUCAAGGCCAAGACUGACCUGCCAGCCUGGUGUGCUGCCAUGGAUGCCGGCCUCGAGGCCAUGCAGAAGUACGGGAAGGCUGCUCCAGGGGACAGGACCAUGCUGGAUUCCCUGUGGGCAGCAGGACAGGAGCUCCAAGCCUGGAAAAGCCCAGGGGCCAAUCUGUUCCAAGUUUUGACCAAAGCAGUCCAGAGCGCAGAAGCUGCAGCCGAGGCCACCAAGAACAUGGAAGCUGGCGCCGGAAGAGCCAGUUACAUCAGCUCUGCGCGGCUGGACCAGCCGGACCCUGGGGCAGUGGCAGCUGCAGCCGUCCUCCGCGCCGUCCUGGAGGCCUUGCAGGGCCAGGGCGUGUGAGGGCCCAGUCCUGGGCCUCGGUGCCUCUCUCACCACUGUGCAGAGACCACCGCUGUCGCUGCGUCCUGUCUUCCAGCUGUUACCCUCCCUCACCGCUGGCCCCCAGGGCCUGUCCUGAGUUCAGCAGGGAACCUCUCCCAGCCUCCAGAACUCCUACAGGAACGGCAGGCUGAGUGGGUCGUGUCCCACUUUGGCCCUGCCUUCCCCCUCUUCAGGGAGGUGAAAUUCAGGGGCCACCCCACUCUGCCCCUAGCCACCUCCGGGCCCCCACGAUAGGCAUUUUCCUUGGGUGGCAACAUGGCCUUGAACUGGCCAUGCUAAUUCAGUUUUAAGGCUCUUUGUGGAAGGCCUUCUGACGUUGAGUGAGUGUAGAAAAGGAAGCGAAUAAAAAACCACAUUGAAGCAAGA